CUCUCAGGAUCCGGCCGCCGCGAGGAUGAGUAAAGUCACUCGUGAUACCUUGUAUGAAGCUGUUCGGGAGGUCCUUCAGGGAUCCCAACAGAAGACUCGCAAGUUCCUGGAGACGGUGGAACUACAGAUCAGUCUGAAGAACUAUGACCCUCAGAAGGACAAGCGUUUCUCUGGCACCGUCAGGCUGAAGAACGCCCCUCGUCCCAAGUUCUCGAUCUGUUUGCUGGGAGACCAACAGCACUGCGAUGAGGCCAAGGCUGCGGACAUCCCUCACAUGGACAUCGAGGCUCUGAAGAAGCUCAAUAAAAACAAGAAACUGGUCAAGAAGCUUGCAAAGAAGUACGAUGCUUUCCUUGCCUCUGAGUCGCUUAUUAAGCAGAUUCCUCGUAUCCUGGGCCCUGGUCUGAACAAGGCUGGUAAAUUCCCUUCUCUCCUCACUCACAACGAGAACAUGGUGUCAAAAGUGGACGAAGUCAAGUCCACCAUCAAGUUCCAGAUGAAGAAGGUGCUGUGCUUGGCGGUUGCUGUAGGUCACAUUAAGAUGACUGAGGAGGAGCUGGUCUACAACAUUCACCUAGCCAUCAACUUCCUGGUCUCGCUGCUAAAGAAAAACUGGCAGAAUGUGCGUGCGCUGUACAUCAAGAGCAGUAUGGGUAAGCCCCAGCGCCUCUACUAACUGCUGGGUGGACUAUAUACAAUAAAGUCUUUU